AUGGAUAACAAGCAAUUAUUGUUCGAGACGCCUCCAACCGAUGAUUUGUCUGAGGAUAAGCUGGACUCUGCCGUUGACAGCGAUGAUUACGAUAUUUUCAUGGGCAUCUAUGAGUUGAGCGUUACUCUUGGACAUUAUCAUCCUAAUAUAAAGCAGAUAAUGCGUGUCUUGGCCAAAAGCCAAACCCCAAACAAUGAUUCUAUGGAAGUGGCUGUGCUCAAUGAAAUUCGUCUGCGCUUCGAGGAUCUGCAGGAGGGAAAUGAUGCAGAGGAGAAGCCUCUACACGGAGCUGAGCAGGAAAUCUUUAUGUAUCUCUAUAAGGAACUUUCCAACUUGCAGCCGGACGAACGCGAGCGUGUGAAUUACCUCAAACUAUCCCUCGAGCUAUUCGAUGAAGAGCGAAGAAAAGAUUUGGGUACUGAGGAGACGUUAAGUAAUCGGCUAAGAUCCAUUGAUCGUUUACAUCUGAACAUUGAAAAGAUUGUGGCACGUAUCGAUGCGUCCACGGAUGAGGCAUCCAAUGUUGAUUCGCUUGCUGCUUUUGCACUUAAUAUUUCUGAUGGCAGGGAUGACUCUCCUGUGGAUAUUCCUGUAGGUACACGCCUGACUGUUGCUCCGGAGGGCCCAAAAGUGAUGGUUAAAGGAGUGAAAGGCGCCAACUCAGAUCCGAACCAGAAAAAUACCCCAGAGACGUUUGAAGAUUUAUCUUUUACGGACGAUGAUCUGCUAGAUAAUUCCUUGUCCAAAUUGACAGUGCAAAAGCGCAAAGCAAGAGCUACUGCAAUUCCACUCAGACAGAAAUCGAACGAUAAAGUCGAAGAACUCAUUGAUUGUUCGAAGAUCUUGGACCAGCAAACUUCCGUAGGAGUCCCUUCGAAGUGGCAACAUCAGCGACACAUCUUUGCCGCCCCGCGUGAUAUUUUCCAACUCUUCAAGUCAAAUCCCGCCUAUCAAUGGCCUCCUAAUGAUCUGAAUGCUCCCGAUUUCUUUGAACAAUUGGAUCAGUUCUAUGAGGUAACAGCACAUAAGGAUAAUGCACCCACAACACAAGUCAAUGUGUCCUCGGUACAGUCACGUCUAAAGUCACUCCUGCGCAGUAUAAAGAAAGACCUUCCCAAGAACAUCCGUUACUCAGAUUGGUUGAUUAGAGUGGGAAAAUGUCAACUCACACAAUUGCUGACCAGUGAAGAGAGAGAGGCCUACGAUACAUGGCGCUGGCAGCUGAGAGAUAGUGGUGGCCAUGAGCUGACGGACGAAGAUCGCUAUCGGGAUGCACUCAAGGGCUUGAUGGGCUCUGAGUCGGCACAUCUUAAAUGGUCAGCCUUGAAUUCCCGACUCCUGCUUCGGUAUCCGCAUCAUCAACACAGCAUCAGUGAUUCCUAUUUGCUGUUGGCCCUGGGCCAUGUCGGCUACUUGUAUCGAUCGUUGAGCCUAAAGAUGCAAGAGCUGGCCCAACGGGGGGCCGAAGGUGACCAAGCUCUGGCAGAAUAUAUUCAUGGGGAUCUUUCGUCAUUCCAUGAAUUCCAUAAUGAACAGUCGGCUCGUCAUGGAAGUUUAUUUGGGCUGUUUUUGCGCACUCGUGGCUUCCAGCAGAGGUUCCAGUAUCUCCUGAAUCUGCUUCUCCAUGUGAAGAGCGGAAAGUCUCCUGUCGUAACGCUUUACAAUCAGUUGGGUCAAAGAGUCGAUAGGGAAGAGGAAACACUUCAAAAGUGGUUGAUGAUCGCAAGCAAUGAACUUCUUAGCAAGCUCCACAGCUGGCUGCUAAAGGGUCAACUUCCGGCAUCGCCCUGUGAAGAGUUUUUCAUUUUUCAAAAUUUGGCUUUAACCACAGACAAAUUUUGGCAGGAACGUUUUCAGCUGUCAGAGCCCUUCUCAUUGUUUUUCGAUAGUCGACUGACAACGCUGCUGAUCAGCAUAGGUAGAAGCCAUGUGUACUCCAAAGUAUAUCUGUUUACGGAAAUGGAAACUCUCGUUUCGGCGAGAGAGCUACAUAACAGACUGGUCGAAGCUUUUCAGCAGUUAUAUCAGAAUGGAGACCAGGAGCCACUUUAUCAACUCGUUUCCGAACUGCACCUGGAUGUGUGCGGUAAGGUUAUCAGAUGUCUUUACAAUUAUGAACCAACUCCAUUGGACCUAUUCCAGAACCUACACAAAUACUUGCUGCUGACAGAUGUGCAGUUUGUGAGGCAGCUCAUAGAAUUACUUGAACCAGUACUGGAAGGACCAGCAAGUACCUAUGAUUCCGAGCUAUUGAACUAUAUGAUAAGCAAUAUGUUACCCAAUCGAAUUCCCGAUCUGUAUGUGGGUGAAGCCAUUUCGGAGGGCUCAAAAUGUUGGUCUCGUUUCGAGCUGCACUGGAAGCUACCCAUCCACUGGAUGGCACUGCUGGGGGAGAGUCUCCUGCAGUAUGAGUCGAUCUUUCCGGGCCUAUGGAAGUUCCAUCAUGCCUACUAUGUACUAUGCCAAAGGACUAUGCGACAAGACUGGCACUUUCGUCAACUUAACCAACUGGACAAUAAGUGCUUGGUGCAUGUGCAGUGUCACUUUGAUAAGCUCAUUGACAUCCUGUUGGAUCUAAUGGAUGGUUUAAAAAUCUAUCUUCUACAGGACGUGUUGGACGUGGCCUGCGCUAAGUUCAAGCUGACUCUUCAGCAGGUCAAGAGCAUUGAAGAAAUGCUUGAUGCCAACAGAAUCUAUUUGGAAGCCGUUAAGCUCGGUUCAUUUCAAAUGAAAACUUGUAAAAGGUCCAGCGAUUACUUGGAAAAAGUCUACAGUCUCAUCCUUGACUUGGAACUGAGGCAACAAAAGUUUCACAGACUCUUUCAAAUUUAUCUGAACUAUGACAGUGAUGAGUCUUAUGUUGGUUCCAUUUAUUCGAAUAGUUUGAAUGAUUUUCGUUUGUCCUGUCAGAAAACUUGCGAUUCUCUCAAUGAACUAGAGGAAGAAAUAUAUGCGGCGAUCUCUGAUUUUCUGUUAAGCUUGCAUGUGAGCGGAUAUCCAUCGUUUAGGUCGUUGGCCAGAAAAUUGGAUAGUCAGGGACUCUAUAAGAACCAAAUGGAAGUAUUGCGCUUUGUAGACACGUUUGCGUUCCAAAGAAUGUUGAAAAGUUGUAAAACAUAA